CCUUCCCCUCUCCUCUGUGCAAAAGUGAAUCCGGUCCCCGGACACUGGGUGGGCGCGACGUUUCCAGAGAACGCGGACUUCCACCUUCAGCACUCGGCCACAGGCGGAGGGCGGCGGGGGCCUGGGUCGCCCCUCGGCCCAGCGGCCGCGACCUGAGACCGACUGGGCGCGGCGUCCGCGCAGGGCCAGCGGGUCCCGGCCCCAUCCGUCCGGGACGCCACGGCACAGACGGUCGCCCUUCCUGCCCAGCCCCUCCGCGCUCUCGCGCCUCUCUCCACCCGCGGACUCGCAGUCGGUCUCCGCCGCUACCUUCCGACCUACUGCCCCAAGUCCGGACUGGCUGCGCGCACGCGCACUGAGUAGCGGGCCGGGGGGGGGGGGGAGGGGGGGCUGCGUCUGGCGGGCUCUGCGCAGGCGCGCGCGGCUCGGCUCGGCUCGGCUCGUGUUGGCUCGGCCAGACUCGCCUGGGCUCGUGUUUUCCCGGCUGAACUCGGUUGGGCUCGGCUCGCGAGCUAGCGGCAGGGCGACUUCGGCUCGCGGAGUGAUAGCUUGGGUCCCCGAGGCGGCGGCGGCGCUGACGGGAGCACCAUGUUCCUCCACUCCGUCAACCUCUGGAACCUGGCGUUCUACGUCUUCAUGGUCUUUCUGGCCACCCUGGGGUUGUGGGACGUGUUCUUCGGCUUCGAGGAGAACAAGUGCAGCAUGAGUUACAUGUUUGAGUAUCCCGAGUACCAGAAAAUAGAACUUCCGAAUAAACUGGCCAAGCGAUAUCCAGCCUAUGAGCUGUACCUUUAUGGAGAAGGGUCCUAUGCUGAAGAAUACAGAGUCCUCCCUUUGACAGGAAUUCCAGUUCUCUUCCUCCCUGGCAAUGCUGGAAGUUACAAGCAAGUUCGUUCUAUUGGCUCCAUUGCGCUCAGGAAAGCAGAAGACAUUGACUUCAAGUACCACUUCGACUUCUUCAGUGUGAACUUCAAUGAGGAGCUGGUGGCCCUGUACGGUGGGAGCCUGCAGAAGCAGACCAUGUUCGUGCAUGAGUGCAUCAAGGCCAUUCUUAGACUUUACAAGGGCCAAGAAUUUGCCCCCCAAAGCGUGGCAAUAGUUGGUCAUUCCAUGGGUGGCCUUGUUGCAAGAGCGCUGCUUACACUGAAAAACUUUAAGCAAGAGCUGGUAAAUCUCCUGGUCACGCAAGCAACGCCUCACGUUGCUCCUGUGAUGCCGCUGGACCGGUUCAUUACAGAUUUUUAUGUGACUGUAAACAACUAUUGGAUUCUAAAUGCUCGCCACAUAAAUUUCACCACACUUUCUGUAGCUGGAGGAUUCCGGGAUUACCAAGUUCGUUCAGGACUAACUUUUCUACCACAAUUAAGCCAUCAUACCAGUGCCUUAUCUGUUGUGAGUUCAGCAGUGCCUAAGACGUGGGUCUCAACAGAUCACCUCUCCAUUGUGUGGUGUAAACAGUUGCAGUUGACUACAAUCCGAGCAUUCUUUGAUCUUAUCGAUGCUGAUACUAAACAAAUAACUCAGAAUCCCAAGAAGAAAUUGUCAGUUUUGAAUCACCACUUCAUAAGACACCCAGCAAAACGUUUUGAGGAAAAUCCAGCAAUAAUUUCUGACUUAACAGGGACAUCUAUGUGGGUUCCAGUAAAAGUGUCCAGGUGGACCUAUGUGGCUUACAAUGAAUCUGAUAAGAUAUAUUUUACAUUUCCUCUUGCAAAUCAUAGAAGAAUCUACACUCAUGCCUAUUGUCAGAGCACCAUGCUGGAUACGAACAGUUGGAUUUUCGGCUGCAUAAACAGUACUUCUAUGUGCCGGCAAGGGGUUGACCUGUCAUGGAAAGCUGAACUGCUGCCAACAAUUAAGUCUCUGACGUUAAGGCUUCAAGACUAUCCAUCUUUGUCUCAUCUUGUGGUUUAUGUUCCAUCCGUUCAUGGAAGUAAGUUUGUUGUAGAUUGUGAAUUCUUCAAAAAAGAGACUAGAUCAGUACAGCUUCCCGUAACUCAUCUUUUUUCCUUUGGUUUGUCCUCUAGGAAAGUGCUGUUGAAUACGAGUGGCCUGUACUACAACAUAGAGCUACUGAACUUUGGACAGAUAUACCAAGCUUUUAAACUCAACGUGGUAAGCAAGUGCUCAGGAACCAAAGAGGAAAUAACAAGUAUCUAUAAGUUUCAUAUCCCCUGGUCUUACGAAGAUUCGCUAACUAUUGCACAGGUUCCAUCGUCUACAGAAAUUUCUCUGAAACUUCACGUUGCUCAGCCAGAAAACGACAGCCAUGUGGCAUUAUUGAAAAUGUACACAUCAUCAGACUGUCAGUAUGAGGUGACAGUGAAGACCUCCUUCUCCCAGAUUCUGGGGCAGGUCAUCAGGUUUCACGGAGGCGCGCUUCCUGCAUACGUUAUAGCCAGUGCCCUUCUUGCCCACGGAGGACAGCUGUACUCUCUUUUCUCAACAGGUUAUUGUUUAGAAUAUGCUGCCAUAUUGGAUAAAGAAGCCAAGCCAUACAAAGUUGAUCCUUUUGUAAUUAUGAUUAAGUUUUUAUUGGGGUAUAACUGGUUUAAGGAAUUGUGGGACUUACUGUUGUUACCAGAAUUAGAUGCCAUCGUUUUAACCAGUCAGAGUAUGUGUUUCCCCCUUGUGUCCUUGAUUCUUUUUCUGUUCGGAACAUGCACUGCCUAUUGGAGUGGCCUGCUCUCGUGGGCAUCCGUGAGACUCCUUUCUGCCUUGUGGCUGGCUUUGAAAAGACCCUCUGAACUUCCGAAAGAUGUCGAGGUCCUGUCACCAGAUGUGCUCUUCCUGAUAGGCGCCCCGCUCCUCGUUAGCUGGACUACCUGUGGCGCCCUUGCCAUCCUGCUGUCCUAUUUCUGCUACCUGUGCAAGAUUGUUCAUCUUCAAGCAAGCCUCACAAAUUUUAAAAGUAGCCAAGCUGUGAAUCCCAAGCACUCUCGAAGAAGUGAGAAGAAGUCCCACCAGCAUAAAGACUCCGCAGCGCCGGCCCUCUGCCUGUGCGCGGCUGAGGCGGAGGACAGCCUGCGCAUGCACAGUGCCGUGCUCAGCCUGCUGACCUGGACCGUCCUGCUCAGCAUGCCGUCUCUAGUCUUCUGGCUGAAGAGCCUCUGGUAUCAUUUUAAACUUAAUCCUGAUCCAUGUAAACCUCUGGCGUUUAUCCUUAUUCCCACCAUGGCAGUUCUUGGAAAUACUUACACGGUUUCAGUAAAAUCAAGCCAGCUCCUGAAGACGGCCUCGCAGCUCGCCCUCCCCCUGGCCGUCGGCACGGUCGCCUUUGGGUCAGCACACCUGUACAGGGUCCCAGGCUUUGCCUGCCUGCCUCUUCUGCUCCACGCCUUGUGCAACUGGAUGUGAGCGGAGAAGGGUAACCACGGCAACCGAUGCCGAGGGAGCGGUGAGCGCGACCCACUCGCAGGGACAGCCUCGUCCUUUGGAGAAGACAAGUCUAUUUUUACAGUACUAAGAAUAGGAAAUUAGUUUUGUAAUGCCUGAAGAAGGAGGUGACCCACGGCGCGUGCUGCGGGACCUGGGAUGGGUGCGGCAGCCCUGUGCCAGGGACACGUGCGCACAGCCCCGGCACUCCCGCCCCGGCGACCCAGCUGUGUGGGAGCAGACAUCGUUGCUGGCAGCCUCCCGUCCACAUUCUGCUGUUUGGUGGUCUUCUGAAAAGUGGCUUGUUUUCUAUUUGCUGUAGUUUACAUAUUGUAAAAUAAGUUUUCAAAGACUGAUGAAAUUCCUGGCUGGUUUCUCAAAGGUGAAAUAGCCACAGUCUCUUUCGGCAGUCAUGGUGAGCAAGCGAGCUUCCGUCCUCUGGUAUGGGAAAGAGAGAUUUGUGUGACAGGGAGGUGGUGGGUAGGAAUGUGGUUCAAAAUCAAAAUCAGGAAGUUUCCUUGUUCUCAAAUAUAAAUCAUGUCUGUUAAAUUUAAAGAAUAAGGGCCGGGAGAUGGCUCAGUAGAAUAAGCACUUGCCUGGCAAGUGCAAGGGCCUGAG